CCAAAAGAGGAGGGUUCUACUGAGCGACAGUCUUUAACCCUACCCCAAGCAAACACUGUCCAUGAAGAAGGGAAAAUCGUCAGAGUCGCAGACAGUUCCUCUUCUGACAAUGAGGCCGGCAGAAGAACACGAAAAACCCUUCAAUUGCAAAAGGCAAUUGCAAUUGGUCACCACAUCACCCUUCAGACUCCCCGAUGAUUGGUUCGUUGAGGAAAAGCGUCGUCCCCUCAGCAACAUUUGCAACCCCGGAAAAAUCGACAGGUAUUACAUUGAGGCUGAUACGGGACUGAGGUUUCGUUCACUGCCUGCUGUACAGAGAUACCUAACUGAAGGGCAAACCGAAACAUUUACCAAGAGAUUAAAACCAGGCAGUGAAUGCCUUGUGAGUUCUAGGAUCCAAAAAGUGGUCAAUCCAAAACAUAAGCAAAUUACACCAUGCACCACCAGGAAAACUUCUUCAUCCUUUAAACUACCUGAUGGUUGGGAAAUUGAGGAAAAGCCACGAAGGAAGUCUCGUGUCAUAGACAAGACUUAUAUCGAGCCAGUUACUGGAAGGCAGUUCCGUUCUCUAGUAGCAGUUGAGAGAUACCUAACAGAAGCAAAUGAAGAAGUUCCACUCAAGGCAUUGAUGCCUGCCACCAAGUCUAGUAUAUCGAGUGGCUCUUGCCAUCAGAAGACAAAAAGUUUGGCUGAAAGCGAGCCCCAGAAUGUUGGUUCUAGUUCUCUGAAAAGAAAUAUUUCCGGUGAGAAUGAUAGACCCUCCGAGCUCAAUUUUGGUAGGCCACCGGCAAAAGUUAAAUGGGUCCUCCGUUGUCCUGGAGGGAAUAUGUGGAAUCCCAUUGUUGACGAUUCUAAGGUCCCAGAUUCUGUAAAGCAGAGUUGGUCCGAGAGUUUGAAAUCAUCUCUCUCUGGUGGAAAUAUUAGUGCACCAAUUCUAUAAGUUAUAGCUGUUCUGCUAAGUGGAACUUCUGUAUCAUUUUGUUUGUUUAUUUAAUUCAGAUGCUAGUCCCCAAAGUUUUGAGGGAUCCUUUUU